ACCAAAUAUUUAAAAUGGAGAUUCACAGUGAAGAGAAAGUGGAAAUGCUUAAUGGUGGAAGGGCAGUAACUCUUACUAAUUCUCAUAACGGAAAGAGUAUGCAAGGUGUAGGAGAGGUUUUUGACAAAGUUCAGAACAAUGAUGAUGUGAUUGUAGUCAAUGAAGGAAAAGGGGAAAAUCAUGACAGACCAAAAACACCAUCUAAACAUUCAGUUACUCAAGGUGUGAAAAAUAAAUCCGAACUUUCUCAGAGACAUGGAGAAAAAGUAUCUCAUGUGAAAAAUAAAGAUGAUGUCAAAAUUGAAAAAGAAAACAUUCCCACAAAGUCCCCUCCAGUAAGACUAUUAUCCAAUGAAAUGUUACGUCAUGUCGUAACUAUUCCCAUUCAGAAAAUGGAAGAGGGUGAUGACCUUGGUAUCUAUGACGACCCAGGAGAAUCGGGGGAGGACUUGGAUGAUGUUGAUGGGCCAGAUAAAUCGGAUACUAUCCUCCAAGAAACAGGUGUCGAAAAAGCUAAAAUUCCCCCACCCAUCUUGAGAAAUUCUGCUGUCCGAAAUCCAUCUGAUGCUCCGAGACAGGAAAACAUGAGAUAUUCAGAAAAUUCUGUGAAUUUUAGGGAAGGUUUGACUGCUUUUGAUGAAAAUGCCAAUCGAGUGAGCUGGUCAGCCAUUAACAAUCAUUAUGAUGAAGCUAGACAUUUAUCAGGGAUCCGAGGGAAGGCCAACACUCCAGCAAGUUUCAUCACAGACAUAUCAUCAGAAUCAAGAAACACGUCUCGUGUGCCGUCAGAAUCUCGGGAGGCAAUGUAUAGAAGAGCAAUGCAUCUGAUCACAGCACGCUGUACCAGUACCGCCCCAGGAAUGGAGACCCCCUAUGGAACAGCCAGAACGUCUCCCUUCGGGGUACAGGUCCCCCAGUAUUUCUACAUCAGACAAGAACGCCCCACCCCUAUGCCACCACUUAAGGCAUGGCAAGGUUACAAUGGCAAUGUGUACUUUGAACCGAUUCAAAUCUCCAGCCUUCGAGAGCUUCCUGAAAAAUCAAACAACCCAUAUGAGUCGCGAUCGAGUGAUCUUCAUCGCAUGCUGAUGUCACAACAACAGUCCAGACCUGAUAGUGAUGCAAUGAGGACCACAUCAAGAAACACGGCCAAAACUGGCAGUAGUUUGAAAAGUAAUCGUCCAAGCACCACAAAACAGGUGGUGUUGCUGGACAAGAAAACAGUGCUCAAUCGAUAUAAUGACAGCUUGAAUGAUGACCUUGACGUCAUCGAAGGCACGGAACACACUGGCAGUCUCUCUGUACGACCAAAAAGUGACAGAAGCUUUGACCGAAAGUCCCAAAAUAACAACAAAGUUUACAACAAGGAGAAAAUUUGUAAGGGUUCUGUGGUUCAUAAGUUGAAUGUUGCAAAUAAGCAACACAGUGGACGACCAGUGUUAAAAGUGAGUGGUGGCAAAUAUUCCAGUCCCCCAAAUACAUCCCCGUUACUACGCACACAAACCCAGUACUCUCUCAGUAACCAAAGACUGACAACCAAUAGUCCCGACAUGUAUAGCCAACAGUUGUUACCUCCCUUGGAACAACUGCGAUCAGCGGUGAGACACAUGGAUACCAUUAGUAAGGACAGGGUCGGUUUUGGUCGAAUUCGACCUGUGACCUACACAGAGGAAUUCAAGCCCUUCAUUAAAUAUAGUCAGGAAGCUAAACAACAAACAAAUUUUGUAUGACAGUGUCUGUAAUUUUUGUCAAUAUUUUUGAAAGUGUCUUCUUUGAAUCAAAAGGAUUCACUCAAAGUACAUGUUCUGUGAUGAAUAUUUUUUGCAUUUAUCUGUUUUCUUUGUGUUCUGUUUUGAAAUGAUUUCAGAUUUGUUGAACUCCGUCCCAGUUCUCUGACAGGAAGAGAAACAUACGAGGUUUAAUGAAAUUUAUGUUCAGACUGAUUUAAAACCCCAAGACUGUGAUAUUAUAUAAUAAAUAAUCUUCUUAGCUUUUAUGAAGAUAUUUGAAAAUAUUUUAAUUAUAGGUGAUAGGUCUAUUCAA